UGGGGGCAGACCCCUCCCCUUGAAAUGAUUUAUGAGGUACAAAUUAGUUCGGACCCCUCCCCCCGAUUAAUAAUUUAUUACCCUGGCGGUAAGAUCAAAGAGGGUCAUCAAAAAGAUCAAAAGAAAAAGCCGACAAAACCCCCUCAUACCCUUUGGUUUUUUGUCGGACCCCUCCCCCAGACCCCUCCCCCGACACCCCUCCUAUAGAUUGGCGGCAUUUCCCUUUGAUACGGUCCGGGUGGGGUAACUACUAAUAUGAAUGCCCAAUUGGUUAUGAAUGCCAAUUUGAUCGUUGUUUAGAUGAAAUGGGGAAAGAACCUUAUGGGGAUUGUUUAAAGAUUAAAUGUGGAAGAGAUUCUGUCUGUACAGAUGCUGUGAAAUGUAUUUCUUUUUCUGGAAGACUUUGUGGCCGUAAUGUUUUGGUAGGGAAGGGAUUAGCACGUACUAUUGUAUCCGAUUGUGGGCCAAGAGGAAAAUGUAUGGGUGGACGUUGCAGUAUUGAUAGUAAAGAAAAUAAUAUUUUUUUAAUACUUAAAUUCUGUUUGUGA